AUGCAAUUCAUUGCUAAAAAUAAUGAUGAUAACGACAAUACAAAAGAUAUAGAAAGAGCAGAGGACGAAGAGGAAGAGGAAGAGGAAGAAAAAGUGGAAUGUAAUAAAGAUUUUUUAAAAGAAUUUCUUAAUAAUAAACCAAAAGAAUUUAUAGAGUUUUUAAACAAUAAUGAUAUUCCAUUAGAUUCAUAUAAUGUUAAAGAUAUACCCAGAUUUAUUAGAAUAAAACAAAAAGAAUAUGAAAAUUCAAAAGAUAAAAAUUUAUUUAUAAAAUCGAUAGAGGAAGAUUUAGGAACCAAAUUAAUUCCAAUCAAAUGGUUACCUUAUUUUUAUAAAUUUGAAAAUUCAAAUGCAACCAUAUCAUCAACAAAAUCAUAUAAAUCUGGUAUUAUAUAUGGAAUGGAUGCAAGUAGUGGUGCAGCAAUUUUAGCAUUAAAUCCAAAACCAGGUGACAAUGUAUUAGAUAUUUGUUGUGCACCGGGAACGAAACUAUGUAUGAUAUCAGAUAUGUUGGGUGGUAAUGGUACAGUUUCAGGUGUAGAUAUUUCAUCCAAUAGAUUAGGUAGUUGUAAAACAAUUUUGAAAAAAUAUAAAAUCCCUAAUGUAAGAUUAUUCUGUAGUGAUGGCACAACAUUCGAUUCAUUAGCACCAAAUAAAAAUGAUCCAAUUCCAAAAGAUAUAGUCGAGUCUAGAAAAAAGCAAAAACAAAUUAAAAAACAUCAAAAAAAUGAGGAAAGCAAUAGGAAAGAGGAAAUAGAGGAAAUAGAUGAAAAAAAGGAGGAAGAUGAAGAAAUUCAAUUAAAUAAUAAUAAUAAUAAUAAUAAUAAUAAUAAUAUUAGUAACAAUAAAAAAAGAAAAAUUAAUAAAAGAUCAAGUAAAAAAGCAAUAUUCGAUUUAAAAGAUUUAUAUUUUUGUAAUGAAUUUUAUAUGCGAUAUAGCAGUUCAACUUUAUAUGAUAAAGUAAUUGUAGAUGCAGAAUGCAGUUUGGAUGCUUCCAUUAGACAUUUAAUAAAACAUUCGAAAAUGGGUAGAUACUAUGCACCAGAGAAAUCCAAACAGUUAACUGAACUACAGAAAGGAUUAAUCGAUAAUGGUUUCAAGUUAGUUAAAGUUGGUGGUCAUUUAGUGUACAGUACAUGCAGCUUUUGUAAAGAACAAAAUGAAGAAAUUGUUCAGUUUCUAUUAAACAAAUAUAAAGACUCUAUAAAAUUAAUUCCAGCGUUUCAAGAGUUUGAAAAAGACAACAACAGCAGCAAUAAAGAAGACACAGAGGAAGAAUGUAAAAUACCAUAUUCAAUAGGGUAUAUUCCAAACACAUUUAGAUUUUACCCUAAAAACGGUACCUCUGGUAUGUUUAUUUCUAAAUUUGAAAAAAUAAAAUAA